CAGCGUCUUAUUCAUUAUUGUUCAUUAUUAUAAUUAUUUAUAAACAAAAUUUAUAAUUUUUCUACAAAUUUGUCUCCUCUCAUUGCAAUAAAUUUAUUUAAAGUAUAAUUCAACGAGAUGAAUUAAAAACUAAAAGUACAUUUUUAAUGUCGGCGAAUAUAUAACCUAACAAACACUGCAUGUAUUAAACUAAAUGAUAAAUAUUUUGAAGUGUUUGAUUAUUUCUUUUUAAAUAUGGCCAAACAUCAUCCAGAUUUAAUCUUUUGUCGUAAACAACCGGGUGUUGCCAUUGGUCGUCUCUGUGAAAAAUGUGAUGGUAAAUGUGUUAUUUGUGACUCCUAUGUUAGACCUUGUACUUUAGUUAGAAUAUGCGAUGAAUGUAAUUAUGGAUCAUACCAAGGACGUUGUGUGAUAUGCGGAGGACCUGGUGUAUCAGAUGCAUAUUAUUGUAAAGAGUGCACUAUUCAAGAAAAAGAUAGAGACGGUUGUCCUAAAAUAGUUAAUUUGGGUAGUUCCAAGACGGAUCUCUUCUACGAGAGGAAAAAAUAUGGAUUUAAAAGAAGAUAAUUUUGUUUUAUUAUAAGUCGUCAGCAAUAUUAUUAA